AUGGGCGCUGGGGCGUCGACGCAGGACCUCCGGUUGCUCAGUGCUUCGGCGAUUGCCGCCGAGGUCGUGGGCUUGGGCUCGGCCUACGCGCCGUACGAAGCCGGGAUCCUCGCCAACGGCGUCGACGGCGACGUCGUCGCGCACUUGCAGUCGGAGCAGCUGCCGAUGCUCUUUGGCACCCUUGGCGUCACCAACACGAUCCACCAAACGAAGCUGGCAUCGCUUCACAGUCAGCACCGAAAGGCGCUGCUCACGCGCAGUCUCAGCAUGGCCAACCACAUGACUGCCAAGCUGUCCGCCUCGCCCCGCAAGCCCAAGACAUUUGACGUCUUCUUGUCGCACAACUGGGGCCACGACGAACUCGGGCGCGACAACCACGCGCGUGUCGCCAAUAUCAACGCUUUUCUGCGCCAAAACGAGAUCAAGACGUGGUUCGACCAAGAUAAAAUGCAUGGCAACAUUCUCAAAGCGAUGGCCCAUGGCAUUGAAGAAAGUCAAAUCGUGCUCGUUUUUGUGACGCAGUUGUACCAGACCAAGGUCAACGGCGACAACGCCAACGACAACUGCCAGCUCGAGUUUGGCAUGGCCAAGACCACGCAGACCGCGCAGUGGAUGAUCCCUGUCAUCAUGGACCCGUGCAUGAAGACGCCGCGCCACUGGUGCGGGCAGUUCAAGCUCGUGCUUGGCAAUCAGCUCUACGUCGACUUGACGUCGGACGAGGACGACGCGUUCAUAGCCGGGUGCACCACCCUCCUCCAACGCAUCGACGCGCUCCUGCUCAAGCUCGGGCGACCCUCGGUCCUGCCUCCGACGCACCGAAGUUCGCAGGAGACGCAAGCACCGUCGUCGCCCCGCACGACCGACAGCGCGAGCGAGCUCGUUACGCUUUUUACGACGUGGCAGCGCGGGAUUGAAGCCCACGACGUGGACGCUGAGCAAGAUACCGUCGCGGCCAUCGUUGACCAGCUCUCGUCGCCCGAGGUGGCGUUGCCCUCCGGGGGGUUUCCGUGGUCGUGUCUCGCGCACGGCUUUACCUCGUUGUCCCUCGGGCUCCAAGACGAUGCGUGUGCGAUGAGCGUACUGCUUCUCGAUCGGCUGCCGACGACCGCCGAGUCGCUCCUCUCGUUUCCAGCCGUGCUGCCUUUUCUGCUCGAGGCCGUGACGCGCCCCCAAGGUGACGCGCCCCCCAACGCGAUCGUUUUGCUGUGCAACCUCAGCAGCGUCGAGACGGCGGCGCCGGCGCUCUUGGCUUCGCCCGUCAUCGAGCAUCUCUUGACGGGGACAGCGACCGAGGCCGACGACUACUGGCUACCGCGCCUCGAAACCGUGGCGAAUCUCGCAGGCUACGACGCGGCCAAGGACGCACUCGUACCCUACUACGCGCACCUCGUCACGAUCAUGACGGGUGUGCCCAGCGUCGCGUGGUGCAUCUUGCGCAUCUGCUUGCACGUGGCAGCGCACGAAGCGAGUGCUGCCUGCCUUCUCGAGGCCAAUGUGUUGGAGGCGAUGCUGGCGUUGCUGCCGCGCCCGGAUGAAAUGGUGCUCAAGGUGGUGCGCCACCUGGUCCAGCAACCGCUGGCCGCGCUGCGCGUGGGGUCGUCGGCGCUCUGGGGCAGCUACCUCUUGCAGCAAACGAAGGAAGGAACGUUUGAACAUCUCUGCCACCACACGAUCGCGGGUCUGAGCGUCGAGAGCAAGAGCAUGCAAGCACUCCUCCCGCACGCCCACGCGUGGCUUCCGCUCUGGGCAGCCGCGAUCGCCAAAGGGUCGUUGACGGUAUCAACGAUCGCGUGCAACCUCUCGCUCCUGCCCGAGUGGGUGCCGCUCCUCAGCGCGCACGCCGAGCUCCUCGACGCACUCGGACAGAGUGUCCAUGCAGCGAGCGACCUUGGCGCGGCCAAAAGUUUGGCCAACUUGUGUACGUGGGCCCAAGAGAGUCAGGCCGACGCUCCUGCGCUGCAAGCUGCGCUUCGAGACCGAGCCGAGACGUGGGCGGCCUUGGCGGCCUCGACCAGCGACAGCGAAAUGCAAGUAAUUGCGAUACAAAUCCAGCACACGCGGCAGGUCGACGCAUAG